AUGAUCAUUCGAGCAGACAUUGCCGAUUUCGAUGUAGGUCGAAUCCUCAUCGACACCGGAAGUUCGAUCAACGUGCUCUUUGCCGAUGCUUUCAACGGCCUCGGAAUCGACCAUCAAAGCCUCAACAGGGAGAUCACUCCUCUUCUAAGCUUCUCAGGCGAUGUGGUCGAGCCAAUCGGAAGCAUUCAGCUUCCCCUUGCCAUCGGCUCCAGCCCCAGAAAGGCUUUCAUCUACACUCACUUCCUAGUAGUUAACUGUCCAACCGAGUACAACGCCAUCAUCGGCAGGCCCGCCCUCACCCGAAUGAAGGCCAUUUUGUAA